AUUGAUCGUCAUUCGCAGUAGAGUAGCACACAAUACGUUUGGGUCCAUCCCAGACCUGGAAAGUUAUGUUGAGGGCCGCUGACGCUAUCGUUGUAGACGAAAACUUUGGCCCGAAAGCGCAAGAGAAAAAAGAAAACAUGCCUGCUUUACAAAGCACUAAUAUCCUGUCCCACCAGCGGUAUUGUAUAUCGCUGGGUCCAGGGCCUCAGUGGUGCUCCGAUGAGCCCCGCGCCGCCUGUGUGUCAUUCGUGGCAGAGGGCAGCGGCGUGGGGGUUAUAACAGAGCCCCCUGUCAAUGCCAAAAGCCUGUUCACAAAGGGAGAAAACUCCGACGAGAAGGACAAUCAUCCAUCCCUCAAUCAUGUCAAUGUGAACACUUUGGUAGGAACAGCUCACCUUGCUUCAAGUGUGAGUUUUGUGGUAACGCUAGCCGAACAACUUCAGGUUACCUGGGAAACGCUUCUCACCAACGGGAAGUUAUAUGUGGAGGUACCGCCCGGAAUCCUUCCCGAGGGAUCAAAACAGAGUCUGGUAACCUUGCUGGAAUAUGCAGAGGAAAAGCUUCAUUGUGGACAUGUGAUUCUGUGCUUCAGGAAGAACCGCUCGGACAAGGCUUCCUUGAUCAGAGCCUUCAUGUUCAUGGGUUUCACCAUGGCAACUCCAGGAGACCCCCUGGUUCCCAAUGUGGCAGACCUUCUCUACAUGGUAUACACCAUUGAACCAGAGGACCUCGGCUAGACGAAAUUUGAUUGGACAACCCAGCACACAUGUAGGCACAUGAUUGGACAGUUAUCCCUGAUUCCAAACCAGAGCAUUCAGACUCUGAUUGGGGGAGUAAUACCUGUAUGGCGGGAGUUAAUUGGACGAUUGUUUUGCCACUGUGGAACUGGCUUUUGGCAUUAUGCUUAUUCUGCCCCCUAAAAACAAUUUCUUUCAAUGUAUUUAUAUUGUCGAGUUUGUUUCUAUAUUAACCAGAAGAGGUGUUCCGUAAUACCUUGGGUACAGAUUGACAUUGCGUUCACUACUGAUGAAAAUAAAAUCAAUUCAUCUGAAAAUAUCAGCAUCUGAAAUAAGACUGAGUAGAUUGUGAAAAGUAGGUUAAAGUGAGUUGAAAAUGAUCAAAGCUUACUAUGAGCACAGACAAAAUACACUAAUACGAUCAAAUGGAAAGACAAUAUCUUUGAACAAAAAUACUACGGUGAACAAAAUUGAGGGUCUGAAAUAUUUUAUGUUGGCUGAUGUGAUAUAUUUUGUGAUACAAAUACCCAAGUUUUUACAGAUACUAACUUUUUAUUUCUGUUUCCCUUUGUCACGAGUCGACACACAUUAUAUGUAUAGUUAAAAAAAAAUACAAAAAAAAAGUGAAAAAAUCCCAUAAAACUGUAAAAAAAAAGAAAAGAAGAAGAAUGGAGAAACAGGAUAGGAUACAGGACUUUGUAAAGCAGGCAUGGAGGAUCCAUGUCAUCUGUUCACGUCAUCUUUUUUUUAUUGUAGAUUUUUUUUUUCAUUCACAUUUUAAAUCCAUUGAUAAUAUGAUGUCUCGAAAACUUAUUAACUAUAAACUGAAAGGAAAAGAACAAAUCUGUAUUUAUUUACUGUACACACAAACAUCAACAUCUGAUGUCGCCAUCAAUGUUGAAAAAUUGUCCAUUGCAAGGAGUUUUGUUGACUCAUUUUUUAUCAUCAUUCAAAAUCAAGAACAAUAUCUAUAUUUGUAGUUUAGAUUUAGACACUUAUUUUUAUGAAACCAGUUGAUGUUAGGAUCCUAAUAACUAAAUUUGUCGUUCUGUUUCGAGUGCACACAUCUUUAGACUUCAUCAAUCUACCAAUGUUUUUAUGUGAAAUUUCUGUGUAAUAAAAAUUUUGAAAAUGUUA